AUGAUUCCUGGACUGAAUGCUCAAACAGUUAGUCCAUUUCCAAAUCCACCAGAUUAUGCAUUACAAUAUACAUCGGAAAGAAUAAGUCAUGGAUCGAUUUUGGAUCCGCCAGCGCCACAAACUGAAUUUCGAGUUUUUGGAGAGGAUUAUAAAUUGGAUGCUGAAGUUAUUCCGUGAGUUUUUUCAGAAGAAGUAGGGAAACAUUUUCGUAGAGUUCAGAAAUUCCGUGAGGAUCAGCAAAUUUAAACUUUUGGUUAUCAAAACGGUAUUUUUCCAGACCUCUAAGCUCAUCUGGAAUCCGUGAAUUAUACACCAAUAAAAAUGAUUGGAAAACAGAAAUGAAAAAGCUGAAUCGAAGUGUAAUCGCAGCGUUUCUCGAUUUGAUUGAAAUCCUGAUUCGAUGUCCCGAUCAUCCAAGUCGAGAUGAAAAAAUGAAUGAUAUUCAUACGAUUUUCAUCAAUAUGCACCAUUUGAUAAAUGAAUAUCGACCUGUACAAGGAAGAGAUACCAUUCGAUUAUUACAACAACAACAAUUGGAACAACUUGAGGAAACUGUUAAAAGAUUCAGGUUGGUUUGGUUUGGUUUUUUGGGGAAAAAAUGUUGUAUUUAGUAUAGCGCAUUUUUUCUCUUUUUCUCCCCGAAAAAUUGUAGCUAUUUUUUCUGAAAAUCGUAUAGUCCAGAGUUUUUUGAGAAAAUUUCCAGAAUUUUCCAAGGAUCUCAUUUUUUGAAUCUUUUUUUAAAAAAUACUUUUUACAUAGAAAAGAAAAUUCUGUUUUAAAAAUUAAAGCCAAAUUCUCAAUUGAUUAGGAUUUCUGAUUUUUUUGCUGAAAUUUAUUUUUGUGUCGAAAAAAAUUAAAAAAUUUUCUGCCUUAUUGAAAAAAAAUUUUUUUUUGACUUUUUCGAUUUUGAAUCUUUUCAAUAGAUUCCUAUUUUCAUAGAAUUUUCUACAAGAAAAUUUUUUAUUCAAAAUUAAAGUCAAAUUCUCAAUUUAACAGGCUUUCUGAGUUUUUUUGCUGAAAUUGAUUUUUCUGUCGAAAAAAGUUUUUUGUCAAAUAAAAAUCAAAAAAUAUCCUGCCACGAUUAUUUUUGAAUGGAAAAAAUUAUUGAAAAAAAUUGAUUUUUGAUAUUGAAUUGAAAGUUUGUGUGGAACUUUUUUUCCCGUUUUUUUUUCAUCCAAUAGAAUUUCGAUUAAGCAAAUGUCAAAAAACAAUAUUUUUGCUAUUUUUGAAAUUUUUUUAAUUGAAAGAUUUUCGUGAGAACAUUUUUCAUUUUUCUGUGGAAAAAAAACAUAAAACAAAAAAAUACAAUUUUUAAACAUUUUCUGAAUAUUUCCUCAAUUUUUCAGAGAUUAUAUGCAACAAGGUCGAAGUGUUCUAUGUGCACAAUUCGAAUCAAUCGACACAAAUCUUCCACCUCCUCCAAAACCCAAUCCAAUAACCCGUGUCGAAUUAUUAGAAACAAAUGGAGAAGUUCAAUUUUUGGAUGAAAUUAAAAAAGAGGAAGAUGGCGAAAAAAUGGAUUGUGGAAAUAGUAUAAUUGAAAAAGAAUCAGAUGAAACAAUACAAAGACAACAAGCAAGACCGAAUACAAAACAUUUGAAAUUGAGACAAAUUUGUGAUUUAGCCAAUUUAAAACUUGAUUAA